AUGCGCUCCCCUGUCCCUUCCCGCAGCCUCCUGCGCUUCCUGCGCACGCAGUCGGAGACGGCCUUUUUUACGCCGAGCCAUGUCCGCGGCACGAGAGCGAGCGGCGCACGCGUCUGCAACCGCGUGCGAUUAUACAAUACCGAGACACAGAGAUGCAGAGCAGCGUCGGAGGCGGCAUCGUCGCAGCCAUCGGCCCUCGAGGCGUCUCUGCGGCCGUUUCAGAGCCCGCGCCCGCAGCAGCAGCAGCGUCGAGACGUGAGCUCUACGACGAAAGCUAGCGGAUGGAACAAGGCCACCAAGAGCGGCGGCAGCGACCCGACCAACUCGUGGCAGGAGAGGCUCUGGGGCAUGGCGGCGCGACGAGGCUUCAAGCCGCUCAAGCCCGAUGACCUGCCCGGCGGCGACGAGUUUGAGCACGGCUCCAUGUUCAACAGCCGCAGGGUCAUGACGGCCAAGGCGGCGGCGGAACCGCGACUGCGCUGCACCGAGGUGGACGAGCAUGGGCAGGUGAUUCUUGUGGAUGGCGAGUUCAAGAAGUCGGAGCUCAUUGCAAAGUACGGCCUACUACCCCGAGAUUUGCGAAAGAUUGACUCGUCAAACCUGCCUCACAUCCUCGUCCGUCCCGAAGCGAUUCUGCUCAACCUGUUGCAUCUCAAGGUCCUCAUCAAGAGCGAUCGCGUGCUGCUGUUUGAUAUCUACGGCUCCAAGACGUCGUACCCGCAGUCGGCGUUCAUGUACGACCUGCAGGGCAAGCUGCAGCAGCGGAACCCGCCAGGUUCGCCUGGCCUACCGUACGAGUUUCGCGCGCUCGAAGCGGUCCUGACAUCCGUCACUUCCGAGAUGGAGGCCGACUUUGAGGCGGUGCGCGAACCCGUCAUGCAUAUCCUCAGCGAGCUCGAGGACGACAUUGAUCGGCAGAAGCUUCGUGUGCUGCUGAUUUUGUCAAAGCGCAUCAGCACAUUUGAGCAAAAGUCGAAGCUGGUGAGGGAUGCCAUUGAGGAUCUGCUCGAGGCAGAGGAUGACUUGGGCGACAUGUACUUGACGGAGAAGAAGCACGAGUCGACGAGGGCGGCCGAUGAUCAUACAGAAGUGGAGAUGCUUCUGGAAUCCUAUCACAAAAUUGCAGACGAAAUCGUGCAAGAGGCGGGCAACCUCGUCUCUGGCAUCAGAAACACGGAAGAAAUCGUUCGCGCGAUUCUCGAUGCCAACCGCAACUCGCUCAUGCUUCUCGACCUCAAGUUCAGCGUCGGCACGCUCGGCCUCGCCAUGGGCACCUUUCUCGCGGGCCUCUACGGCAUGAAUCUCGAAAACUUUAUCGAGGACACGACCUGGGGCUUUGGCGCCGUCACAAUCACGUCGACCGUCUUCUCUCUCAUUGUCUGCUGGUACGGGCUCGUCAAGCUGCGCCGCGUGGCGCGCCUCAAGAUGGUCAGCAACGAGCGCCUGCCGGGCCUCCCGCGCGGCUACCCGCACUACCAGGACGAGGGCGCGAUGGGCUUGCUCGAUUCGAGAAACCGCGAGAUGCUGCGCAGACUGCACUCGCAAAAGGCGGCGCCCAAGAAGACGUCGUGGUUUUGGUGA